CUCUUUAAUAAGAUAUGCUCGACAUACGAGAUUUUAGAUAUUCAUUUUGUCAUUUUUUGUUGUUGAUGACAUUGGGUAUUUGGGAUGUCGUGGGCCAUUGAAAACAGAAGUCUGAGCUGCAGCUUUAGCGGCCGCAGCCUGAGACGGAACCGCAGUCUGAGCCGCAGUUUAAAUGGAAAUUUCAAUUCAAGCUGGAGAAGUCGUUACAACUCAAGUGAAUGUUCAGAAGCCCUCACGCCGAGAUCCAUCAAGAGCUUCAAAUACCCUCAGGAGUUGUCCGACCAGUUGAGAGCAGUGAGACGCACCGUCUUCAUACUGACCACACCCCACAAGCCCUGCUAUGUAGAGAACCUGGUUCUGCCCCACAUUAAACUCCUGGUAGCUGGCAAUCUGGAUCUGGCUCUGCACCUCAACACACAGGACAGGGGGAAGUCAGACAAUACACCGAUAGAGCGGCUGAUCGGUUCCAUGCUGUGUCUCGAUAGCCCUGAAGCGGAGCUUUACACCUCAACACUAAUGUCCAGCGAUCUGUCAGUAACAGAUGUUUACGAUACUUUAUUCAGAUGGAUGGGAGAGACCAAAGUCCUAAUAGAAACAGUUCAUCUUAGAGGUGUAAAUGACAUUCAGAAACUCGAGCAGUUACAUUCUAACUUCCAGGACGCACGAUUCAUCUGGGAAACAUCAGACCCACGAUGCUGUAAUACAGAAGAAGAGUUGUCAGAAUGGUAUUCCAGCAACAGCACAAUCCAAAAGUUCUUAUCAGCUAAAUUUAAACACACUUGGGUCCAUGUGAAACAGGAUGACGUCAUCAAUAACAACAAAAAUAUUGCAGAAUCAGUUACAGAAUGUAUUGGCGUAUUUGUAAGCCGACACUACGACAAAAUGCUAAAAUCGCUGUCAAAGUUUGUUUCUAAAAAUCCUCAACCUCAAAUUAACCCGGACACUCAAAUAACAGACGAGAGGAUCGUCAAACUUUCUACAGAUUUGGGCUACUACUUAACAGAUGAUAUUGUGAUUGAGGACUCGUAAUAACUUUUAUAUUUGAGGGGAUGGACCACAAACCAGAUUUGUCAUUUGUCGAUGUGAACAUUGUUUUGUACAACCUGGAGAUUUUAACACAUUGCUUAUUAUUUACUCGCCGGUAUUUUCAAUAUCACUGGCAGAAAAUUUCAGAAAUUUUAAUGCAUGUUUUGUAGCUAAUUUGAUCAUUAUAUUGGAAUCUAUUGUAUAUUUAAAUUAUUUCAUGGUA